AUGAUUCAAUUCAAUGGUGAUAAGGGGUUUGAGGUUCUGGAUGGUGCCUUUGGACAGACUAUUGAUAUGGGACACCAAACAUGCAGUUGUAGAUCAUGGCAAUUGAAAGGCAUAGCUUGUGAACAUGCUUGUUGUGCCAUGGUCCAUCUAAAGAAAAAGCCCGAGCACUAUGUCUCUCCCUGGUAUUCCAAAAAUACAUACAUGAAGUCAUAUGCCAAUGUCAUGCAACCAGUGAGAGGAAGGAAAUUAUGGCCACAAUCUAAUUCCCCUGCAAUCCUACCUCCAAUUACCACAAAAAAGCUAGGCAGACCCAAAAAUCUGAGAAGAAAAGAUAGAGAUGAACCACAGAGGCCAGCAUUUGGGAAGUUAUCAAAGAAAGGUGUGAAAAUGACAUGA